UGUGUAAUUAAGAAUGUUGUGGCAGCCAGCGUGGGGGGCAUGCUGACCUACAGCGUCUACCUGGGGCUGUUGCAGAUGCAGCUGAUCCUGCACUAUGACGAGACAUACCGGGAGGUGAAGUAUGGGAACCUGGGUCUGGAGGACAUUGACAACAAGAUGUUGAUGGGAAUCAAUGUCACUCCCAUCGUGGCUCUGCUCUACACCCCUGUGCUGAUCCGGUUCCUGGGUACCAAAUGGAUGAUGUUUCUGGCCUCUGGUAUCUACGCCCUGUUUGUGUCCACCAAUUACUGGGAGCGAUACUACACCCUGGUACCCUCUGCUGUUGCCAUUGGAGUGGCCAUCGUCCCUCUGUGGGCAUCACUGGGCAACUACAUCACCAGGUUACCUGUCCCAACUCUGGCAGUGCCCAGGCGACUCGGAGCUGUCACUGUCCCGGUCCUGGUCACAGCGACCACACGGCCCCGGACCCCUAGAAAUGUGCUGUGUCAAGCUCCUGUCUCGUCCCCAGGGUCGGACGGAGUGGGGAUUAUUUCUGGUCUCAACAAGACGGUCCUGUCUCGCCUGCCCCGCAGUGUGAAUCUGAUCGAGGUGGAGAGCGCUCUAAUGGGGGUGGCCUUCAUCGCCAUGAUUACGUUCCUGGCCCUGUGCGGAUCCGCCUACCGGCCCACGGAGGAGAUCGACCUGCGCAGCAUCGGCUGGGGCAACAUCUUCCAGCUGCCCUUCAAACACAUGAGGGACUAUCGGCUGCGGCUGCUCUGUCCAUUCUUCAUUUACAGCGGCUUCGAGGUGCUGUUUGCCAUCACUGGGCUGACGCUGGUGAGGAAGUGUUCAUGUGCUGGAGUGUCCAUCUUAUCCUAG